AUGUCAGGUAGUAACAAAAACUAUGAUUCGAUUAUGAAGAUUUUGCUAAUUGGUGAUUCAGGUGUGGGGAAGUCCUGUUUACUAGUUCGUUUUGUGGAAGAUAAAUUUAGUCCUUCGUUUAUUACUACUAUUGGUAUCGAUUUCAAGAUCAAGACAGUAGACAUUAAUGGUAAGAAGGUCAAAUUGCAAUUGUGGGAUACUGCAGGUCAAGAACGUUUCAGAACUAUUACUACAGCCUAUUAUCGUGGUGCUAUGGGUAUUAUACUUGUCUAUGAUGUUACGGAUGAAAGAACAUUCACUAAUGUUAACCAGUGGUUCAAGACUGUCAGUGAUCAUGCGAAUGAUGAUGCGCAAUUAUUGUUAGUUGGUAACAAAUCUGAUAUGGACACUAGAGUUGUUACUUAUGAACAAGGUGAAACUCUUGCCAAGGAGUUAGGUUUACCUUUUGUUGAAGCUAGUGCAAAGGAUGAUACCAAUGUCAACGACAUCUUCUUCACUCUGGCUAAAUUAAUCCAAGAAAAGAUCGAUAACAAUAAAAUGUCAGAUGCCAGUGGUCAAGAUGGUAACGUUAACAUCAAGUCAGGUGCUGAGAGCGGUUCUAAGUCAAACUGUUGUUAA